UCCCUGAGAUAAUAGCUACCUAGUACACGUAUACGGGAAUUUAGGUUCAAGUUCGAGCUCUUAUGUUACCCAAAAGGCCUUCCAGCCACAUGACCGCCUAACAGGUGCCUAUUUAUACCUCCUACGAGGUCGACCUUUUUCAGAAACCUUUAUCUUUUACAACAUCACCAUAAUUCCACAAUACUCUCCAGCUCUAACGAUGCCUCGAAUUAAGCCGGUAUUACCUCCUCCUAUACCUGCAACGGUUGGGUUGAUGGAAGAAACAGGUGGCAUGUCAAUCCUACACCCUGGGUAUAGUAACGGGUACACCCCUUUAUUACGCUUCCUUACUUUUCGCGACGAGGGUGUUGAUUACGACAUGGUCUAUUAUGCUGCCUGUAUCGUAGCAGGCAAUGUAUGGUCCGAUAUUCCUGCUCCUUUCUUAACCAAAGAAGCCGAUCCUGGUUCGCCGCAUGUCACCCGUCCUGAUGAUGGUAUUCUUCGCGAUAACCAAUAUUACUUCCACGUACCUAAAUGUGAAGAUCCCAAAUACCCUAUCACACCUUCUUUUGGUGACUGGGUAUUUCCCCACGAUAACGUUCCUCAAAUAUGGCGCGAACUGGUUAUCAACCAGAUUCCUCUCGCGGUACGAAGUCGUCUUCCAGCAGUACGACAUCGUUUUCCAGCGGUAAUUCGCGACGGUUCUUGCCGAAUAACACAAGCUGUCUCUGCGCUCGUAGCAGCCCACGUCGUACCUAUUUUUGAGACCAACUGGUUCAUUCAGAAUGGCAUGAGCCGAUACAACAUAGAUCUCACAGUUGUAUCGAUGAUUGACGACGCUGCUAAUCUUUUCGCAUUGCGCGGGGAUGUUCGUUGGCAGUUUGAUCAGAAACACUUUACUGCGAUGCCGAAGUUGGUCGAUAAUCAAUAUCAGUUAGUAGGCCAUAUGCUCCAGUCGAGCAUGUCCUAUAUGCACGAGGAAGAAUACCUAUACCACGAUCGGCCAUUCCUACAGUUGAAUGAUGUCGCUAGAGAGUUCCUAUUUGCUCGUUUCGCAUGGUCAAUCUUCAACGACACUACCAUACCAUUCUUUGAGGUGAAAGGGCAGCCUUUUACUGUAAGGGUCCGCAAGGAGGCGGAUUCUGGACCAUCGGUUGAACUUGCUGUUCAUACAGUAUCGUCUAUGACUUCCCUUCCUAGUUUACGCCAAGGGUCGUCAUCCAAGAAACGUACUCGUGAUGAACCAGCAAAAGAGCAACAUGACGAUUCAGAUCUGUUUUGGUCCAUUGAAGAAGGCAAGAUGGUAAACAUCAACCAAAUAGAUUACCCAUUUGGUGACCCCGAUUUCAACAGUCCUAAGUUCUACGAUUCCGAAUCUGACAGGCCCGACAAAUGUGAACGUCUUGAAUAAUCACCGACCCCAUCCCCGUCUAAGGGUGAAGGUACGUAGUCGCUUGGGGGAGAAAGAAGAGUAGGUAUAACGGUUAUUUGGGAGGUAAAGAAGACUGCUAUAAAAGGGAUAAAAGGGGAAAUGGUAAGGUGAACUCCUAGCAUAUUACGAUUGUAAGGUUUAAGGAAUUUUUAAGAUAACUCUCGAUAGAAAGUAGGUACACAGAUUGGCGGGUUUCGUCCUAGGCCCAUUAUUUUAACUGGUUAAAAAUGAUUUAUUAGUAUUUAAUUCUCGAUUCCGCUAAACUAUAUAGUGAAAAGCUAGAUAGUUUACAUGGUAAUGAAGA